CGCGCAACGAACCACCUCCGAGAUCGAUAAACCGCUGCAAUGGAUUUUGAUCUUGAGGAGCUAGUGAACGUGGAGCAGACAUUUUACGAGGAGGGAUACAAGGACGGCUUCGCGCACGGCCAGAUCCACGGCCUGAUAGAGGGGCGUGCCCUCGGACGGGAGAAGGGCUUCGAGAUGUGGGAGGAGCUUGGUUUUUACGAGGGGUUCGCGAUGAUGUGGAAGGCCGUCGGCGAGAGCCAGGCCGCCCAGGAUGAGCGUGCGAUGAACCACACCCGACACCUGCUCGACCUGCUCGCACAGUUCCCGCGCGCCAAUCCGUCCGCGGGCGGCCCAUCCGAGGUCGACAUUCCGAAGCUCUUUCGCCAAAUCCGCUCGCGUUACAAGCUGCUCUGCGCGACUCUGGGCGUGCGCGCGACGCUCCGUGCCGCGGACGGAUCCGCCACUGGCCCAGAAAGCGCCGGUGCCGACUCCCCGGACGCGUCCGUGAGGGAGGGCGAGAAGCCGCAUGGCGCGAAGAAGAACGUCUGGGCCGUGCACACGGCGGGCGAUGCGCUCGCUUCAACGGAGCUGAAUUUCUAACUCGGGGCGCCGCUUCUCGACGGGCUGGGCUGCUAUUGCAGGCGCCUCCAGGCCUGCGGCGUGGUCUGCACACCUCGCGAUUGCGCGCCGUGGUCAGGUGCGGUGCAGUUGUCUCCGAGCCCGCCGACCCGGCACUCUUCUCGCAAGAUUCGCGCCUAGCGGGGCUCUCGCCAUCGGCAAGCUCGCGCACGCACGGGGUUCGCCGCCGAGUCGUAUCAGCCGUGAUGGAUGGGCCCAACGGCGAUACUGCUGCUCGCUGGCGGCGAUGGUGCUCGCCCAGGGCGUAUCGAUAUGUGUGCGGGUGAUGAUCGUGUCCGAUAGCCUCUCAUUCAGGGUCGUAUCGCCGCGCGGUCGAUGCCCCACCCGCCCGCUUUAGGAACAUCGGAUAACAUCGCAGAUCUGCACGCCAAUGCUAGGGCAUUAGCCACACUUCCAACGUC